AUGCCGCCGACGUUGGAUUUGACUCGCGAACACGUGCCGAAGAAGGACAAGGACAGGCAGGCGGUCAAGAAGCAAGGAAAGGAGAAGGAGCAGCUGAAGGAGAAGCAGAGAAAGAAGGACGAAGACAAAGAGAAGGACAAGGAGAAGGAAAAGGACAAGAAGAAGAAAACCGUCCCCGUGGAGCGCGACGAAGAAGUCGGGGAAGAGGCCCUCGCCAAGGUCGAGAUGGUGUCGUUGGAGACGUGGCUCGAGCGCAAGGCCGCCGGACUGUUGGCCAAGAAGGAUUGUAAGGCCUGCCCGAAGACCGAGCACGAGCAGAGGCACAAGAAAGGACUGUGUUCCGGAUGCUACCAGCGUUCCGGACGCGGCAACGACGCCACCCACAACGCCAGAUGCGUCAUUUAUCCGGAGCUCAAGGAGUUGAAGGGAGUCUCCGCGAUUAUGCUCCACUUUGCGGCAGACGCUGCCUGCACGCUGUGCUGGCGCCAUCACCACCUGCUGCCGACCGAU